CAGCGAAAAACAACGCGUAGAAGAUGCGCGAAUUGCGUCGGAAGGAAAAUUUUCUAACUAAAUCAAGUGCAUAAUACAACACACAUAUAUCCAACCGAUCCCAACCGAGGCGACGUAGCCGACAGUUGCCCGCCGACAUUGCCCAGUGCAGAAUCUCGAGCGUAGAGCGUAGACACCUGUCACCGGGAGCAGCAUUACAUAAAAACCAAAACAAAGAAACCCAAGGCAGGAAAGUCGAACACCGGACAGGGAAAAAAAUCCAAAACACAGGCACAUAUAAGAUAUAUACACGGCGAAAUAGGAAAAAUCGGAAAUAGAACCCACUAGGAAUCCGGAUCAGGAUUAGGCUAAAACCCAGCACAAGAUGUCGUACCGCGGCAUGCUGAGCGGCAGCUCAGAGGACUCCCUUAGGCCAGUCCCGGAUGCUGACUCCUUCGAUGGCUCAGUGAUGUCCCACCACAAACCCAGCAAGCAUCCCAUUGUGAGGUCUCCCAGCGGCAGGUGCACCUCCUGUGCCAUGAACACGGGGCUGCCGGCGGUGGGUGGCAGUGGAGCCAGCCGGAGUUUAAGCCGCUGCACAUGUGAUCGCCAGGACUCCCCGGUGGAUGAAAAGGCCGAGUCCGAUGUGGAGCUGACCAACGAGAUCUCGGCACCAUAUGAGGUGCCACAGUUUCCCAUUGAACAGAUUGAAAAGAAGCUGCAGGUCCAGCGACAUCUCAAUGAAAAGCAGGCAACAGGAUCCCGACCCGUGUCCGCUGCCCCACACGUUCCCUACGUACACAGGGAAUCCUCCAGCAGCGAGGGACCCGAGUCCAUGAUCGAAAUGGAAAAGACCGAUGCGGACAUCAACUUCCAGCGUGUCUCCAUUUCCGGCGAGGAUACCAGCGGCGUUCCUCUGGAGGAUCUGGAGCGUGCCUCGACUUUGCUGAUUGAGGCUCUGCGUCUGCGCAGCCGCUACAUGGCCAUGUCGGAUCAGUCGUUUCCCUCGACCACGGCCAGAUUCCUCAAGACAGUGCGGCUCAAGGAUCGUAUAGACAAUGUGCCAGCCAAGGUGGUUUCGGACAUCAUUCGCAAAAUGAGUGUAGCCCCCAUACAAGAUGUUCACGCGAAGCCAUCCUUGAAGACGCUGACGGAUCCUUGGAAUGUCGAGUUUCCACCAGACGAGAAUUUUGUGAUCAAGCCUGUGAACGGAGUGUUUCACAUUUAUGCGGACGAGGAGGAGAAGAACGAGAUCAUCUUCGAAUACCCGGAUAUGAGCCAGUUUGUGAAUGACAUGCAGGUCAUGUGCAAUAUGAUUGCCGAUGGGCCACUCAAGUCUUUCUGCUAUCGCCGCCUGUGCUACCUGUCGUCCAAGUACCAGAUGCACGUGCUCCUCAACGAGCUGCGUGAGCUGGCCGCCCAGAAGGCUGUGCCGCAUCGCGAUUUCUACAAUACCCGCAAGGUGGACACCCACAUCCAUGCCGCCUCCUGCAUGAACCAGAAGCAUCUGCUGCGCUUCAUCAAGAAGACGCUGAAGAACAAUGCCAACGAGGUGGUAACCCACACCAAUGGCCAGCCAAUGACCCUGGCCCAGGUCUUCCAAUCGAUGAACCUGACCACCUAUGACCUAACCGUGGACAUGCUGGACGUGCAUGCAGAUCGGAAUACGUUCCAUCGUUUCGACAAGUUCAACUCCAAGUACAAUCCGAUCGGCGAGUCCCGGCUCCGGGAGGUGUUCCUCAAGACGGACAACUAUCUGAAUGGCAAGUACUUUGCCCAGAUCAUUAAGGAAGUGGCCUUCGAUCUGGAGGAGUCCAAGUAUCAGAACGCCGAGCUGCGCCUGUCCAUCUAUGGCAAGUCACCGGAUGAGUGGAACAAGCUGGCCCGCUGGGCCAUUGACAAUGAUGUCUAUAGCUCGAAUAUCCGUUGGCUGAUCCAGAUACCGCGUCUUUUCGAUAUCUUCAAGUCAAACAAGAUGAUGAAGUCAUUCCAGGAGAUCUUGAACAACAUCUUCCUGCCGCUCUUCCAAGCGACAGCCCGACCCAGCAAGCAUCCGGAGCUGCAUCGCUUCCUGCAGUAUGUGAUUGGUUUCGAUUCCGUGGAUGAUGAGUCCAAGCCGGAGAAUCCGCUCUUCGACAACGAUGUGUCCCGGCCAGAGGAGUGGACGUACGAGGAGAAUCCCCCCUAUGCGUAUUACAUUUACUAUAUGUACGCCAACAUGACGGUUUUGAAUAAGUUUAGGAAGGAACGCGGCAUGAACACCUUUGUGCUGCGACCCCAUUGCGGCGAGGCCGGACCCGUCCAGCAUUUGGUCUGCGGCUACCUAAUGGCCGAAAACAUCUCCCAUGGCCUGCUGCUCCGCAAGGUGCCCGUGCUGCAGUAUCUGUACUAUCUGACCCAGAUCGGAAUUGCCAUGUCGCCGCUAUCGAACAACUCGCUGUUCCUCAACUAUCAUCGUAACCCGCUGCCUGAAUAUCUGGCCCGGGGACUCAUAAUCUCCCUAUCCACGGACGAUCCCCUGCAGUUUCACUUCACCAAGGAACCCCUUAUGGAGGAGUACAGCAUUGCGGCCCAGGUGUGGAAGCUUAGCUCCUGCGAUAUGUGCGAGUUGGCCAGGAACAGCGUGAUGAUGAGCGGUUUUCCUCAUCCCAUAAAGCAACAGUGGCUGGGGCCCGUCUACUACGAAGACGGAAUCAUGGGCAACGACAUUACACGCACCAAUGUUCCCGAAAUUCGGGUAGCCUACCGCUACGAGACCCUGCUGGACGAGUUGUCCAACAUUUUCAAGGUGAACCAGACGUGCGGCGCCGCCAGCGAGCCCUCCUAGGCAGCUGCUGCUGGGUCCUGGCUUCCUGCGCUAGCUACCAACCUAUAUAUGCGAAAAUAGCUAAGGAUUAUACGGAUAUAUACGCUAGUUAUACAAAUAUAUACAAAUAUAUUCUAA